GCGUGCGCAGACCCGCCCCCGCGCAAUGGCGCCGAUUUCAAAUCCACCAAUGGGAGCGCAGCGGGACCAACGGCUGCUCGGCCGCUGCAAAGAUGGAGGAUCGGGGGGACUCCACCUGUAAUUUUGUGAUCAGCACUGAACCAUCGCCUCACAGUAAGCCCAUCAUAUUUGACCCGGACUUCUUUGUGGAAAAACUUCGUCAUGAGAAGCCAGGGGUGUUUCUCGAGCUGGUGGUGAGCAAUCUUACCCGUCUCAUUGACCUACCUGGCACAGAGUUUGCACAGCUCAUUGGCGAGGAGGAGCCCAAGUUACCUACCAACCAUGGAUUCUUCCGCUCCUUCAACUUCCUGAAACGCAAAGAGAAGGGAGUUGUGUUUGGAGCUCCGCUGACAGAAGAGGGCAUCGCUCAGGUUUAUCAGCUCAUUGAAUAUCUUUACAAACAUCUUCAUGUGGAGGGCCUGUUUCGUAUUCCUGGAAAUACCUUGCGGCAGCAGUGCCUGAAAGAAGCCUUAAACAGCGGAGUGGACAUCGAUCUGGACGCUGGGGAAUUUCAUCCAAACGAUGUAGCGACUCUGCUGAAAAUGUUCCUUGGGGAACUUCCAGAUACACUUCUCAGUCACAGGCAUUACAAUGCUCACCUCAAAAUCGCAGGUCUGAUGGUAUUUGAUACCAAGGGGAAGCGGACCGUCCCUGACAAGGAGCGUCAGAUUGAAGCGCUCCAGCUGCUCUUCCUGUUGCUGCCGUCCGUCAGCCGCAACUUGUUGAAGCUGCUCUUGGACCUGCUGUACCACACCGCCAAGCAGCAGGACAAGAACAAGAUGACCGCCUCCAACCUGGCACUUAUGUUUGCCCCACAAAUUCUCUGGCCAAAGAAUAUGGUCGUGGCUGACCUCCAAGAGAAUAUCACCAAGCUCAAUAACGGAGUGUCUUUUAUGAUUAAACAUUCUCAGAAGCUUUUUCGGGCACCAGCGUACAUUCGAGAACUCGCCAGGCUGCAGUUCACAGGAUCCAGAGUUGCAGUUUCAAGGGAUGACCUCGACCUCGACCUGCUGCCCGUGUCAAACUGCCCGGACUUGCUCUCGGUGAAGGUGACGAAGCGGACUCGGCUGCACUCGGUAUUGAGACGUGAAGAUACGCAGCAGCGGACGGAGGAAGCCCUGAAGGAACUCUUUAAACAUGUCAGCAAUAUGCCGGACUCUGCCAAGAAGAAGAAGCUUGUGAGACAGUUUAAUAAAAGCUCGGCUGCUGGAACUCCUGAUGGAUUUGCUUCGCCCAGAACCAAGAAACACGUGCGCUCCCGGACAUUUGGAGGCCUCAUUAAGCGUAAAGUGCUAGGUGGUCAACAUGCCCCAGACAGGACGAGCCAAAUCCCAAUAGUUGGUGCGGCCACGCUGAGCUGUCAACACCAGGCUGCGCAGGGCAAGGAGAACCUGGCUCAGAGGCCGCUGGAACUGAUGUCAUUGCAUCUCAGUCACAACCGAUCCAAGUCGACAGAUGAGAUCCUCGAUGAGAAGGAGUCGCAGAGAGGGAAUCGAAUGCGGCAGGAAUCGGCAAUUUAGCCUCGGUGUCGCUCUGACGGCACCGUGGAGAUUCGCCCGAGAGCAUCGGGACAACCACUAAUGGACAGAAUUGUUGAGUGUUUACAGUGACUUUAUAGCAGUGGUUCCCUGUGGAAAGAAACUGGUAAAAUUUUAAACAAUC